UAUAGCCACAAUGGCAACAUCAUCUGAAGAAGUGUUACUGAUUGUAAAGAAGGUACGUCAGAAGAAGCAGGAUGGAGCUCUCUACCUUAUGGCUGAAAGGAUAGCAUGGGCACCUGAAGGCAAAGACCGAUUCACAGUCAGCCAUAUGUAUGCAGACAUAAAAUGCCAGAAAAUCAGUCCAGAAGGUAAAGCUAAAAUUCAGCUUCAGCUAGUGUUACAUGCAGGGGACACAACCAACUUUCACUUCUCCAAUGAAAGCACAGCAGUGAAGGAGCGAGAUGCGGUAAAGGAUCUUCUUCAACAACUGUUGCCCAAGUUCAAAAGGAAAGCUAAUAAGGAACUUGAGGAGAAGAACAGAAUGCUGCAAGAAGAUCCUGUUUUGUUUCAGCUCUAUAAAGACCUUGUUGUGAGCCAAGUAAUCAGUGCUGAAGAAUUCUGGGCCAACCGCUUAAGCAUGAAUGCAGGGGAUAAUUCUACAGCACCUAGUAAGCAGGAUGUGGGCAUCUCUGCAGCAUUUCUGGCUGAUGUACGGCCUCAAACAGAUGGCUGCAAUGGUCUGAGGUAUAAUUUGACUUCGGAUAUCAUUGAAUCCGUAUUUCGAACAUAUCCUGCAGUAAAAAUGAAAUAUGCAGAAAAUGUUCCACAUAACAUGACUGAAAAGGAAUUCUGGACACGAUUUUUUCAGUCUCAUUAUUUCCAUCGGGACAGGCUCAAUACAGGCUCUAAAGACCUCUUUGCUGAGUGUGCCAAACUGGAUGAAAAAGGGUUAAAAGCAAUGGUGUCUCAAGGAGUAAAAAACCCCCUGAUAGAUUUAACAGCUUUGGAUGAUUACACAUUAGAUGAAGAAUAUGUUGCUUCUAUGGCCUCUACAUCAAAUGCCUCAAAAUCUGCUAGAGAAAGUAGCACCACUGCCAUUAUAAAACGCUUUAAUCAUCAUAGUGCCAUGGUCCUUGCAGCUGGCCUCAGGAAACAAGAAGCACAAAAUGACCAUUACAGUGAGACCAGCAGUACGGAUGGAAACUCCAGGGAUUCAGAUUUCUUUCAGCCACCAAUUAAAAAGGUAAAACUGCAGGAGGCCAUUGAAUAUGAAGAUUUAUCAAAGAAUAAUAGCAUUAAAACUAUUGCACUAAACUUGAAGUCUGAUAGGUAUUAUCAUGGUCCAACUCCAAUUCAAUCACAGCAAUAUGCAACCAGUCAGGAUAUAAUUAAUUCUUUUAAUAGUAUUAGGCAAGAAAUGGAAGCAUAUGUACCCAAACUAACUCAGGUCCUUUCAAGUGCUGAUGCUGCUAGCACUAUUGCAGCCCUGUCACCUGGAGGAGCACUUAUGCAGGGUGGAACACAGCAAGCCAUAAACCAGAUGGUGCCAAAUGACAUUCAGUCUGAACUAAAACACUUGUAUGUGGCAGUAGGGGAACUGCUACGACACUUCUGGUCCUGCUUUCCUGUUAACACGCCAUUCCUGGAAGAAAAGGUUGUGAAAAUGAAGAGCAACUUGGAAAGAUUUCAGGUUACAAAGCUCUGCCCAUUCCAAGAAAAGAUUCGGAGACAGUAUUUAAGCACAAAUUUGGUAAGUCAUAUAGAAGAGAUGCUGCAGACGGCCUACAAUAAGUUCCAUACAUGGCAGUCCCGGCGUAUGCUGAAGAAGACGUGAAGGUGCAUGCUGUACAGGUUUGAGAGCAAAAUCUGCAAUAGGUGUAGGAGUACAACCUAGCAUACGUGCAGAUCUUGUAGUUGUUGCAGGAAGACCUGCAAGCUGCGGACUUCUGGAAAUGAUGCUAACUGAACUUGCACAUUUUUGAAAAAGAACUGAGACUAAACUUGAAAACUGGGGAGAAAACCAAGGAAGAACCAAAACAGAAGAGCCGAGGCGCAAAAAUAUUUAAAGACACUGUUUACUGCAGUUACUCAGGAACUGCUUUUGAUUUGCAUAAAGAGCUGCUUUCAGAAAUAAAAAAUUUAAAGAGGGUGUAUUAAUAAAA